CUCGACUUAUAUUCAACCUUCAAAAACAAAAACAAAGUAUUUGUGAUGAGAAUCUCGAUGAGAAUAUGAUGAUCUAUCUUAUUCUUUACAAACUGGAGUGAAACAUAGUCGUGAAAAAACUCCCAUUCUGGAGAUAAACAUUGUCAAUAAGAUGUUAAAAGGAGGAGAGGACUUCCAUGUAGUCACACUCAAGGGUACUCUACAGGGACACAAUAAGAUGUUAGAGGGAGGAGAAGAUGUAGUCACACCAAAUGGUACUCUACAGGGACACACUAAGAUGUUAGAAAGAGGAGAGGACUUGCAUGUUGUCACACUCAAUUGUUCUCUACAGGGACACAAUAAGAUGUUAGAGGGAGGAGAGGACUUGCAUGUUGUCACACUCAAUUGUACUCUACAGGGACACACACAGGCUAGUAACACACGUCAUAAAUGUGAUGUUUGUGCUAGAGAAUUUAGUCAAAGUAGUCACUUAAAGAGACACUUGAGAACACAUACUGGCGAAAAACCUUAUAAAUGUGAUGUAUGUGCCAAGCAAUUUUCUCAAGGAUAUGACUUAAAAAGACACUUGAGAACACAUACUGGCGAAAAGCCAUAUAAAUGUGAUGUAUGUGCUAUAGUAUUUCCUUGCAGAGCUGUCUUAAAAGAGCACAUGACUUCACAUACAGGUGAACCUCAUAAAUGUGACUUGUGUGGAAAAGGGUUUAGUGAGCCUGGAAGAUUACAAAUUCACAUGAGAACACAUACAGGUGAUAAACAUCAUGUUUGUGUAAUAUGUGGGAAAGAGUUGAGUCGGCUUAGUGGUUUACGGAGUCAUAUGAGAAUGCAUACAGGUGAAACACCUAAUAAACCUCAUGCCUGUGAUCUAUGUGGGAAAGGGUAUAGUCGGCUAACUGCUUUACAAAUUCAUAUGAGACUGCAUACAUGUACAAGUGAAAAACAUGAUAAACCUCAUGUCUGUGAUCUAUGUGGAAAACGGUUUAUUAAGCUUGCUAAUUUACAAAUUCAUAUGAGAACACAUACAGGUGUUAAACCUCAUGUCUGUGAAGUAUGUGGUAAAGGAUUUCGUCAUCAAUGUAAUUUAAAAGUUCACAGGAGAACACAUACCAGUUAUAAACCUAAUGAGUGUGAUUUAUGUGGUAAAAGGUUUAGUCAACUGAGUAGUUUAAAAAUUCACAUGAGAACACAUACCGGUUAUAAACCUCAUGACUGUGAUGUAUGUGGUAAAAGGUUUAUUCAGCGUUGUAGUUUACAGAUUCACAUGAGAAUACAUACAGGAGAUAAACCUCAUGCGUGUGAUUUGUGUGAUCAACGUUUUAAUCAACAUAGUCAUUUACAAAGUCACAUGAGAACACAUACAGGCGAAAAACCUUUUCACUGUGGUGUGUGUGGUAAACAGUUUAGUCAACGUAGUAGUUUACUCAACCACAUGAGAAUACAUACAGGGGAUACACCUUAUAACUGUGAUGUAUGCGAUCAACAGUUUAGUCAACAUAGUAGUUUAGAGAUUCACAUGAGAAUACAUACCGGUCAUAAACCUCAUGUAUGUGAUGUUUGUGGGAAAGAGUUAAGUCAUCAUCGUAGUUUACAAAUUCACAUGAGAAAACAUACCGGUCAUAAACCUCAUGUAUGUGAUGUUUGUGGAAAAGGGUUUAGUGAUCCUGGUAAUUUCAAUAAACAUAAGAAAAAACAUACAGGUAAAACCGUUAAACCCAAAAUUUAAGAUGGCAAAGGAUUAAGUCAUUUGAGUUGUUUAAAAGGAAGAUAAGGUUAUUUUUGUCUUUUCGUCGAAGUAUACGGGACAUAAGACGACAUGGGUAUUACUAUCCAGCGUAAACUAUUUGAAUAAAGCUUUAUAUUGCAAAUGAUAGGAGACUUGAUGUUUCAUAUCUCAUUAAUCAUGUUAAUAAAUACCUAUUGUUUCAACUUCAAUUUAUACUGCAACUAGUUGUGUUUAUUUCCUAAAUAUAAGGCGUAUUUGUUAGUGCAAAACCAGUUUUAGUUUGUUAAACUUUUCAUUUGUUAAUGAGAACCAGUUUGAAACUAGUUUCGAACCUAAACUGGUUUGCCGUUUGUUAUUCUCAAACCCAAACUGGUUCCAGAAACUAUUCAAACCAUGUCCAAGGGUGGUUUGUGGUUUCGGUUUGGUGUUUACAAUGGCGGCAAUGUUGAUACAGUGUAGUGGUCGCGAAAAAUGUUAUGCAGAUUCUAUGGUCAAAUAGAUCUUUAUAGUGGAUUUUCAAUACUAAUGUACUAGUAUCACCUUUUUGUGUUUGGUGUUUUUUUAACUUCACAUAGUUUUAUAUAGAUAAUUAAUGUUAAUUCUGAACACUAUAUGCAUUUGUUUUGUC